AUGGGUGUCACCGGCCUCUGGACGGUUGUGCAGCCCUGCGCUCGCCCUAUCAAACUUGAAACACUCAAUAAAAGGCGACUCGCCGUCGACGCGUCGAUUUGGAUUUACCAAUUCCUGAAAGCGGUACGAGACAAAGAGGGCAAUGCGCUCCGGAACUCUCAUGUCGUGGGCUUCUUUCGUCGGAUAUGCAAGCUGCUUUAUUUCGGUAUCAAACCCGUAUUUGUAUUUGAUGGUGGCGCUCCAGUCAUGAAAAGGCAGACGAUUGCCGGCCGAAAGAAGAGACGAGAAGGCCACCGGGAAGAUGCUGUGAAAACCGCAGGAAAGCUCCUCGCGGUACAAUUGCAACGCAGUGCGGAGGAAGAGGAGACUCGCCGACGCCAAAGAAACCAAACACAAGCAGAGGAAGAAGUCCCUGAUGUCCCGGUUUAUGCAGAUGAAGCACUCAUGACAGAGAAGGAAAAACAGCAAAAUCGCAUUUUCAAGAAGAAAGACGCAUACCAUCUACCAAACCUAGACGUCUCACUCCAGGACAUGGGCGCACCAAAUGACCCACGUAUCAUGUCGCAGGAAGAAUUGGAGGAGUAUGCUCGUCAUUUUCACCAGGGCCAAGAUAUAAACCUCUAUGACUUCUCUAAAAUCGACUUCGACAGUGCGUUUUUUCUCAGUCUGCCAGCAACCGAUCGAUACAACAUCUUGAAUGCCGCGAGACUUCGAAGCCGCCUUCGAAUGGGAUACUCUAAAGAGCAGCUAGAUACCAUGUUUCCUGACCGCAUGGCAUUUUCAAGGUUUCAAAUCGAACGAGUUGCGGAGCGCAAUGACCUAACGCAACGAUUAAUGAACAUCAAUGGUAUGAACGGAGAAGAAGCAUUUUACAAUUCUGGGCAGCGCAUCGCAGGAGAACGCGGCAGAGAGUACGUGCUGGUCAAAGAUCGCGAGCACGAAGGUGGAUGGGUUCUAGGUGUAGUGGGCAACAAGGAAGGCCAAGAAGAAAGGCCGAUCGACCUAGAUCGGCCCGAAGUCUUGUCCGAUGAUGAUGAGGCCUCGGAUGAAGACGAGUUUGAGGAUGUCCCAAUCGAAGGCUUGAACCGACUUCCGAAACUUCCUUUUCUUCGAGAGGGUGCCUUUGACCAAUCGCUUCAAUUGCAGGAGGCCGAGGACUUCGACAUGAGAACGGCGAUACAAGAAUCAAGUCAAUAUGCGCAGCAAAGGCCGGCGAGCCAUCCUCGUCAGCAGCAGAUUGAAGAUGAUUCGCUCUUUGUUGAGGCCGAGGGCAAUAUUGGUGCACAGCAGCCGAACGAUGACACUGAUGAGUCUUUUGAUGGCGAUGACGACCUAGAUCGGGCCAUUGCCCUUUCUUUGCAACCAGACCAUACAGAUGAUGAAUUUAUGCCCGAAAUUCCUAUGAAUAGGCCGGUCGAGUCAGCCCCAUCUCAUGAGGUGAUGCCCGAUCUCGAUUCCGAAAGCGAUGAUGGAAUGGAUUUCGCCGCUGCUGUGGCGAAAACAAAAGUCUCAAAGAAGCCUUCUCAGGGUCCUAACCCAUUCAGUGGACCUCUGCCAUUUGAAUCUAUCAAGCUUUCAAAAGUGACGAAGCAUAAUGAUAAAGUUGACGAGGUGUUCGAUAACGCAGGAGGCUUCGUGAAAGAGCCCACCCCGAAACAAAAGCAAUCGGGUCCACUCCCACCAUGGUUUGUUGGCGAGCGCUCGAAUGCCGACUUCAUCGUCGAUCCAGUUCACGAUCCAGAACACGAUGAGCUAUCGACUGCGCCAGAUCAUUUGUUUCUCUCCAAUCGCCGCUCACCGGAUAUUAUCGACGUCGAUGAACUGUCUGACACCAAGGAAGUUGUUGAUUUAGAGAAGGAAGAAGAAAAAGAAGAAGGAAAAUCCGAACUUGACGGGAACGAUCUGGAGCAAGUUGCAAGGGUGGAGGAUAUUGAAAAAAUCUAUCACGAAAUAACGACAAGCCUUGACGAGAAAGAUCCAAGCAAGCCAGCCCAGAGCAAUACAAACAUCCACGAAAUAUUACCUCAAAGUCCUGAAUCACCCGAGCGAGAACAGGCGUUUAUCUCCGAUGGACAGUCUCCGCGCAGAGAAUUUGAACAUUCUGCUUCACCCGAAUUCGAAGACGUUGUCACUAGAACGUCCAUGAAGGGCCCUGAGAUCACAAUUAUUUCCCAUCAAGAGAAAGCCCAGUCCCAGCCCCAGCCCCAGCCCCAGCUUUUCGAGGAGGUUGACCAACCCGAAGCUUUCGCGCAAGAUCAAGCCGAUUACAGCGAUCCAGAGGAUGAAGAUUUGUUCAAACAGCUUGCAGCCGAGGGCGAAGAACAUGUACGAUUUGCCAAUACUCUCAAUCAUGCAGCUCCCAAUCAGGAAGUCUUUGAUUACGAACAAGAGCUGAAGCAGCUACGAAGUCAGCAAAGAAAUGAGCGUCGUGAUGCCGAUGAGGUGACCACUAUUAUGAUUAACGAGUGUCAGCAGCUUUUGACUCUUUUUGGCUUGCCAUAUAUCACCGCGCCGAUGGAAGCUGAAGCGCAGUGUGCCAAAUUGGUCUCACUCGGUCUCGUGGAUGGUAUUGUCACAGAUGAUAGUGAUAUCUUCCUCUUUGGUGGAACACGAGUCUACAAGAACAUGUUCAAUCAAAGUAAAUUCGUCGAGUGCUACUUGACAUCUGACUUGGAGAAAGAAUACGCUCUCCACAGACAAAAGCUCAUAAGCUUUGCCCAUCUCCUGGGCAGCGAUUACACAGAAGGCAUUCCUGGAAUCGGCCCCGUCACAGCUCUAGAGAUUGUUACAGAGUUCUCGAGCCUUGAAGAGUUUCGUGAUUGGUGGUCCCAGGUGCAAAUGGGCACGAACAAUCCAGACGAUGUCCACUUGGCCUUCCGAAAAAAGUUCCGGAAAAAGGCGUCUAAAAUCUUCUUGCCGCCCACGUUUCCUGAUACUCGAGUUGACGAAGCCUAUCUGGAACCCGUAGUUGACAACGACCCUUCCCAGUUCCAAUGGGGUGUUCCUGAUCUAAAUGGGCUGAGAAACUUCCUCAUGGCGACAAUCGGAUGGAGCCAGGAGCGCACAGACGAGGUUUUAGUUCCGGUCAUUCGUGAUAUGAAUCGGCGCGGUCAGGAGGGAACACAGUCGAAUAUCACACAAUUUAUGCAAGGUCCACAGGGCGCAGGGGCAUUUGCACCUCGAACUCGAGGCAGUGGACCAAGCCGUAUGGAAAAGGCGUUUACUCGACUACGAGAAGAAGCUCAGACUGGUGGAACCUUCCAGGACGAUGAUCCAAAUGUUGAGGCUGAGGAAGAGACCUCUAGUGCUCAAAAGAAAGGCAAACGAGGGACAUCUACCAAAUCCAACGCGGGCACGAGCAAGAAGCGCAAGACGCGCCGCACGGAUUCCCUUGAAUGA